CCCCCCCUCCUCUGCAGUUGCAAUUUCAUUCCCAUUCUCUUGGAUUGCUCAUAAGUUCUGAUCGAAUUGGAAAUCCGUAUUUCAUAUUUUUCGUGGAAGAUGAACAAUAUCAGGCUGCUCACGGUACUACUGUUUGGCUGCAUUAUUGUAUUGAUAGAUGGCAUCAACAGAUCGGCGGCAUCUCCUUUCAUCAAAGACUCAUUCCUCGGAAUUUCCCCUGAAGAUGAGGAUUAUUACAAGGGAUUGCUGUCGUCAUCGAGUGCGGUUAAGUGCAAAGAUGGAACGAAGAAAUUCAACAAGUCCCAGCUCAAUGACGACUUCUGUGACUGCCCUGAUGGCUCUGAUGAGCCUGGAACAUCAGCUUGCCCCAACGGGAAAUUCUACUGCAAGAAUGCUGGACAUAUGCCAGUCCUGUUAUAUUCUUCUAGGGUCAAUGAUGGAAUCUGCGAUUGCUGCGAUGGGAGUGAUGAGUAUGAUGGUAAAACUAAGUGCCCAAAUACAUGCUGGGAGGCUGGAAAAGCAGCCAGAGACAAAUUGAGAAAAAAGAUUGCCACGUAUCAGGAGGGUGUCAUUAUACGCAGGCAGGAAAUCGAGCGAGCAAAAUUGGCCAUAGUCAAGGAGGAAGGAGAAUUAUCAAAGCUAAAAGAUGAAGAGAAAAUACUCAAGGGGUUGGUUGAAAAGCUCAAAGAGCGCAAGGAACAGAUAGAAAAAGCUGAGGAAAAAGAACGCCAGCAAAAAGAAAAAGAAGAAAAGGAAAGAAGAGAAGCUGAAGAGGCUGAAAAGGAGAAGGAAACCAAAUCUGAUGAUAUUGAACCUAUGAAGGAUGAUAUCCAUAUUGGACCAGUAGAUGAACCUCCCCAGGACCCCGUAGAACAUCAUGAAAAAUCUAUCAAUGAACCUGAGCUUAGGGAUCAUUCUGUCGAGGACAGACUUUCAGACAAAGGAGUAGAAGGAGUUAACGAGGACCCUCUUCAGAAUGCUGAACAGCUAGGGGAAGCCUCCCCUGUUGAUGCCAAGGCUGGCGUUGAUAAUGGAGAUCAGGUUGAAAAUAAAGCUGAAGAUACUGAGUCAUUAUCAAGGGAAGAGUUGGGCCGACUAGUGGCUUCCCGGUGGACAGGGGAAAAGACUGAGCAACCCAAGGAGGACAUUGAUGCCUCUCCAAGUAAGGAUCACACAAAUCCUGGUGAGACACCAGAUGGGACCAAUUAUGAGGAUGAUAAUGGCUAUGACACGGAGGAUGACGAACACGCAUAUGAUGAUGAUGUUGACGACAGCGAAAGCAAGGUCGAUGAUUUUGGAGGGGAGGAUCAUUAUGAUUCAAGUUCUUCAAUAAAACCUGAAUCGGAUGAUGAGUCAGACUUGUUAGACAUGACGGGCACAAGUAGCUCCUCCUGGCUGAAGAAGAUACAGAAAACAGUAAAGAGCAUCUUUGAGGCUGUCAAUUUAUUCCAGACACCUGUGAAUAUAUCUGAUGCAGCACACGUGCGAAAAGAAUAUGAUGAAUCCAGUGCCAAGUUAUCCAAAAUGCAGUCAAGGAUAUCAAAACUGACGAAGAAGCUAAAACAAGAUUUUGGACCAGAGAAAGAAUUCUAUUCAUUCUAUGGUCAAUGUUUUGAGAGCAAGGAGAAUAAGUAUGUUUACAAAGUCUGCCCUUUUGAAAAAGCUACCCAAGAGGAGGGUUACAGUACAACUCGUUUGGGGAGCUGGGAGAAAUUUGAGGACUCGUACAGAACCAUGCAGUUUCUAAAUGGAGACAAGUGCUGGAAUGGCCCGGACAGGAGCCUAAAGGUGAAGUUAAGGUGCGGUUUGAAAAAUGAAAUUACGGAUGUUGACGAGCCAAGCCGUUGCGAAUAUGUGGCAUUGUUAUCCACCCCUGCUCUAUGCCUUGACAGUAAACUUAAGGAACUUCAAGACAAAUUGGAUGCACUGAACAAGGAACAACCACGGGGACACGACGAGCUAUGAGCAAUCUUGGUAGGCCUAACUGGGAGGACCGAGCUUCCCUACUAAACUUGAUUAUCCGUUCUCCUUUUACGAAUGUAGUUUAUUCUAUAUCGACAAAGUUGGAGACACUUGAGUAGCUCUGAAAUAGUGAUCGAGGAAAGAGUAGAAGAAGCUAAACAUAGAGGGCCUUGCUUUUAUAUGUUUGGUUCAGUGAAACGUUGUCAUUGAAUUUUGAGGCUUUUUAUUUCCUUCUUUAAAAGAGAGGAAGAAGAAAGAGGGGAGCGGCCAAUACGUUGGAAUUAAAUAGUUAAAAUAUGGUGUUUGUUGGUUA